AUGUCCGCCAAACGGUCCUCGAUCCCUGUCUUGCUGCCAUGCGACGCCAGCGAUGGUUACGGCCAGAGUUAUACGAAGCUACGAUGCUCGCCCGUCGUCCCCGAUCCCAUCUGCCUUGAUAUCGGGGGGCUAGCGAGCAACAAACAGCUGGGUUCCAUGGAUCCGGCGCUCCUUGACCCUUCCGGCCUUUGUCAUACGUUGAGCCCGCCCUCGCCCGCUGUUUAUUCCUCCAUUCUGACCAGUCUCGACGCAGCUUUCGCCCUGAGUUCCGAGGCAUUUACCCGCAUGCAUCGCCGUCCUUGGUUACCGUCGACAUAUAACCACCGCCAACCGGUUGCCCGCAUCAUGACGCUCUACUUCACCCUCGUGUUCGUCCUCCUGGUGACGGAGAUGGCCAUCUUCGUCGGCCUCAUAGUCCCGCUGCCCUUCACCGUCAAGCGGAAGCUGUUCACCUUCAUAUCAGAGAGCCCCAUCGUCGCCAAGUUGCAGUAUGGAAUGAAGAUAACAUUCAUCUUCAUCCUUAUCCUGUUCAUCGACAGCGUCAAUCGUGUCUACCGCGUGCAGAUCGAGCUCACCGGCUUCGACUCCGCCAAUGCAGGACAUGCCAUUGGAACUGAACGCAUGGAAGUCCAGGCCCGCAAAUUCUACUCGCAGCGAAACAUGUACCUCUGCGGCUUCACCCUCUUCCUCUCCCUCAUCCUCAACCGCACCUACACCAUGAUCCUCGACAUCCUUCGUCUCGAAGACAAGGUCAAGAUGUACGAGGGUGACAAGAGAGCUGGUGGCAAGGAUUCCGCCAAGCUGGCUGCUGCCGGUGACAUUGGAGAGAUUGGAAGACUGAAGAAUGAGCUCAAGGCUCGCGAGAAUGACAUCGCCGCUUUGAAGAAGCAGAGCGAGGGCCUCUCGAGGGAGUAUAACAAGCUGGGUGACGAGUUCACCCAGAAGGACGCUACACCAAAGAAGGACCGAUGA